AUGAAAAAACAAACAUUUGAGGAACCUGAUGACUAUGAGGCUAAAUUAUUAAAACAACAAGAGGAGUUUUUAAAAAGCGGAUCUAAACCCUCAGUUUCGACAGUCACAAGAGGACCACCACCAAUUGUUCUUUCAAAAUCACAAGCAAAACAAAGAGAACAAGAAACUACUGUUAAUACAUCAACAUCAUCAACAGCAACAGCAACAGUAACAAGUAAAUUUAAGCAUCAAAAAUUAUCAAAUAAUGGUAUACCAAUUAUAGAUGAACCAAUGGGAGAAAGAGAUGUUGUAUCGUUAUCCGAUGAUUUAAAUCAUUUAAAAUCAAAAUCUUCAAACUUAACAUCAACUUCAAGAUUUAAAUUAAAUAGUCAAAAAAAAAAACAACAACAACAAGAUGAACCAACAAUUGAAGAAAUGGAUGAUGUACAAGAGGAGGAGGAAGAUGUAUUCGAUGAGAAAAGAGAUGUUCAUAUUACAAGUGUAAUUACAAAUAUUUAUGAAAGAGAUGUUUCAAAUACAAUAUUUGAAGCACCAAAGAAAAAGAAUAUUGGUUUCCCUGAAGCUGUUCAUAGAUCAGUAUUAUCUUUUUCAAAAAAUAAACAAACAAAUAUUGAAAAUACACAACAACAACAACAACAAAUAUCAAUCAAAAAAGCGGAAAGUAUUGAAACUACAGGUAUUGAACAAGAAAAUAAUAAAAAAUUAGAGGGAAUGAGUGAACAAGAGAUAAAAGAGAAUCAAGAAUAUUUAUUAAAACAUUUAGAUCCAAAGAUUGUUGAAAUGUUAAAGAAUAGAAAAUCAAAGACUAAUGAUAAUAAAAAUAAUAUAAAAAUUGAAGCAGAGUCAAAUACUACUUCCACUAAUACCUCCACUACUACCACCACCACUAAUACCUCUACAACUACUACAAAUCAAACAACAACAGCAACAACAACAGCAACAACAACAACAACAAAAACUAAUAAAACAGUUCAAUUUAAAGAUGUUGAAAUUGAGAAUAAAGCGGACUUAGAAUCAAGUAUAGAGACUAAACCAACACAAAGCGAACCAGAAUAUGAUGAAACUACAAUUUGGAUGAAAGAUUUAGAUAAACAAGAUGAAAGAAAAGGAUUUAAAGAAACAAUAUUAAAUUUUAGAGAGUGGAGAUUUAAUUUCACAGGUGAAAUCAUUCAAAGAGGAUCAAGUACACCAACAUCACAAGGAUUACAUCAUCAUGGAUCAGAAGCAGGUGAAGCAGGUUAUACAUUGAAUGAAAUAAUUAUGUUAAUUAAAAGUUCAAAUCAUUCUCAAAAAUGUAUUGCAUUAAAAACUUUAACUUUUAUUUUACAAAAAGUUCAUAAUGGUUCAUAUGGUUCAUUUAAUAAAUUACAAUUAAUUGAUGAAAUAUUAAAAUUAAAGAUACCAAGAUUAUUAAGAAUUUCAAUUGAUUCACAAGUACCAUCAAUAUUGAUAUCUGCAUUAACAUGUAUUCAUGCAUUGAUUGUACCAACUAUUAAAGAGAAUGCAUAUGAAAUGAUUGAAUCACGUAGUCAUAGAGCAUAUGAAACCAUUUCAAUUAAACCAAUAUCAAUGGAAUCAAAGAAACAAAAGAAUGAAGAAGAGGAACCAGAGAAAGAUGAUGAUGAAAAAUGUCAAUUGGAUUUAAUUAGAGGUUUAGUUGAUAUGGGUAUAACAAAUAGGUUGGUCUAUUUAAUGGAUAAUGAAGCUAAAUCAUCAGAUACUUUAUCAAUGUUACAAGAUCCAUUCUUUAAAUCAUUCUUAUCAAGAUUAAAUUUAAUUUUAGAUAUUUUCAUUCAUUUCACUAGACAUUCAAAUCAAAUCACUGAAGAGAUAUUCAAUAGUGGUGGUAAUAAUACAACUGAUUUAAUAUUUAAUUCAAUUAAAUAUUCAUUAACAGAUUUAGAGCUAUCAUUACGUUAUUUAAUUAAUGAAAAUAGUAGUAGUGGUGCUGGUAGUGGUGGUGCUGAUCAACAGAAUGAAAAUGAAAUUGGAUUAAUUAAAAUUUUAAAGAAUAUUCAAAUUAAAAGUAUUAGAUUAUUAAGAAGAGUAUCACAAUCAUCAAAACAUUGUGCUGAUAUAAUGACAGCAUCAUCAUAUGAUCUAUUUACAUUUAUAAAGGAAAAGUUUUUACAAUGUAAUGAUAAUCAAAUCUUAAUGGAAUAUAUUAAAUUAUUUAGAAUUUGGUUCAUUUAUCGUAUUGAAGUACCAUCAUUCUUUUCAGAGAUUUUACCAACUUUAAAUCGUUAUGUUUUAGAAUUUACUGAAAUUUUAAAUGUUGAAGCUUAUCAUUUAUCAAUUACAAAACCAUUUUCAUCAGUAGAACAACAAGAUAAUAAUAAUAAUAAUAGUGAAAAUAAUAAUAAUAAUAAUAAUAAUAAUAAUAAUAAUAAUAAUAAUAAUAAUAAUAAUAAUAAUAAUAAUAAUAAUAAUAAUAAUAAUAAUAAUAAUAAUAAUAAUAAUAAUAAUAAUAAUAAUAAUGAAAAAAUUAGUGCAAAUAAUAAUCCAAUGGAUAAACCAAUUAAAUUUAGUGAUAAUUUUCAAAAUAUUAUUACAUCACAUAUUAUGGAAACAGUUAGAUCUAUUUAUAAUUUAUUAGAUAUUAUGAUUCCAUUGGUAUCAGUUGAUCAACAAUUGAAUUAUUAUGAUUCAAUUUCACAUUUUGUUGAACCAUCAUUUAUUAUCACUCAAACCAUUGGUGUUAUUUAUCAUUCAUUUAGAGAGAAAGAAUCUGAUUAUAAUCUAUUGGCAUCGAUUGGGUUAUCAUCAUCGGUAUUACAUUUCAUUUCGACAUUCUUUGCAUCGCUAAAUAAGAUAUUAGUUUUAUCACCAAAUCAAUUGGAUAGGUUAUCUUCAAUACCAUCGAAACUAAAUUCAAGACAUAGUUUUAGUGCAAGUGGUAAUAAUAUUAUGGAUUUAAUAGAAAGUAAUACAAAUAUGAUUUUCACUUCAAUUUUUGGUAGUACAAUGUAUUCAGAUGCAAAAAGAAAAAUAUUAUCAAUGAUUUAUAUUAAUGAGGAGAACACUAGUAGUAAUAAUAAUAAUAAUAAUAAUUUAAUUAAAGUACCAAUUAAUUUUAAUUUCUUUUUUGAAGGUGAAAUUUCUGAAUGGUGGUUAUCAGUUGCACGUUAUUUAAUAUUAUGUUUAGAAAUUAAUAGAUCAAUUGGUAAAUUUAUAUUUUAUAUGGAUCAAAGUAAUUUCUUUUAUCAUUUACAUUCAAUGUUGGUGUCAACCAUUGAUUAUAGGAAAACGUUUUUCAAUCAAGAUCGUGAUUUAAUUCUAUCAAAUUAUAGAUCGAAAACGUAUCUUUAUUUCUACUUGAUUAAACUUAUGAAUGAAUUAAGAUUUGAAGAAGAAGAAUUUGAUCAAACUUUAUUGAAAUUUCAUCAUUCCGCUGCAAUGGCAUUGGUUCCAACAUUCCUACCAAAUGAUGAUAUAUUGCUAUUUGAUUUAUUGUCAUCGACAAUCUUUCAAAAUGAUUAUUUAGAAUCAAUUGGAAAUUUAAAACCAUCAUCGGUUUCUGUGGUUUUGAAAUUAUUUUAUCAAGAUAGAUUUUUCCCAAGCAAGACAUUACAAUAUUCACAAAUACUUUACAGAGUGGAUGAUUCUGAUAAUCAAUUGGAUGAUUUAUUAAUUUCAUUCGAAUCAGAGAAUUCAUUAUUACCUUUGAAAUAUGAUUGGUUCAAUUUGCCAAUUGAAUUUUUAUAUCAAUCAUCAAUCGAGUUGUAUAAUUCAAAUAAUCAAGAUUAUUUCGAUGAGAAUGAAUCCGAUUGGAAUGAAGAUUUAGAUUCACCACCUUUGGUUUCAAAUACUCUCCUAUUCAUUCAAUCACUUUAUAAUUCAAAUUCUCAAUAUAUUCAUUCAAUACCUUUAGAGAAUACUUAUCAAAUUUUAAUGAAAAUCUUUUUAUUAAAAUCUGAACCUUGGAAAAAUUUAGAAAUUUCAAAAUUAUUAAAACAUUUAUUAAUUGUUUUAAUUAAUAAUUUAAAAAAUAAAGAUAAUAAUGGAAAUAAUGGAAAUAAUAAUAAUAAUAAUGAAAAUGAUCAAAUGGAAAUUGAUGGUAAUGAAGAAAAUGAUAAAGAAUUUGAUUUUGAAGGUUAUUUUGGUAGCAAAUUUUAUCAAUUUUAUCAAGAAUUUAUUCAACAUUUUGUUAGUGUUUCAUUUAAUUCAGAGAUAUUUUCAAGUUUUAUUUGGGUAUUCUUACGUCAAUGUUAUAAUCAUCGUUAUAGAAUUUUAUUUUGGAAUGAAUUAUUCCCAACUUUACAUUAUCUAAAUUGUAGUGAUCAACAAUUACCAUUAGGUAAUGAUGGUUAUUUAUUACCUUAUGAAUUAAAUACUGAAUUAUUAUCACUUUAUAAAAAUUCUUUAAUUCAAAAGAAAACAAAUAGAAAUCAAGCUUCAAAAUUAUAUUUAAUUGCAAUUCAUCAUUUAUCUCAUUUUAUUUUUGGUGAUAAUCAAGAAAAAGAUGAUGAAGAAGAAAAACAAGAAGAAAAAGAAGAAAAAGAAAAAGAAAAAGUUAAAAGAAAUAUAUUUGAAGAAAUUAAAUCAAAUGGUAUUAAAAGUCAAUAUCUUUCAAGUAUUUUAUCUGAUGCUCCAAGAGAAACUAUUAUUGAUUUCUUAUCUUAUCAUUAUCAAAAAGGUUGUAUUUUCCAAUUUACAUGUGAAGAUUCUUCUGAAAUUACUGAUCAAAGAAAACAAAUCAUUAAACAAUUUAUUGAUUUAAAUUCUCAUUUAAAUCUUAAAGAUAAAUUUGAAAAUCAUAAAUUAUUUUAA